AUGAUUGCCCCUCCGUUCAACUUUCGGCAGUGGAUAGAAGAUAACAAGGAGCUUUUAAAGCCACCUGUGGGUAACAAAUGUUUGUUCAGAACUGGUGGUUAUUUUAUCAUGGUCGUAGGCGGACCGAAUGAACGUGCUGACUUCCACUAUCAGCCGACAGAAGAGCUCUUCUAUCAGGUGCAAGGCUCUGUGUUUCUUCGGGUAAUAGACGAAGGCAAGUUUCGUUGCAUCGAAGUUAAGGAGGGAGAAUUCUUUAUGCUACCGCGUAUGUACAAUCUAUGA